UCCCCUCCUCCUCCGACUCAGCUGCGAGAGCUCCGCUGAUGGACUGAGCCGAAGAUGCAGUGUUGAGGAGACAAGAAGGAGAGCAGAGCAGGAAGACUUUGAGCAGCAGCGGAGGAGGAGGGAGCUCGAGACCGGAGCGCUUUGACGCCUGUUCGUGCGCAGCGACGAGGAUGCGCAGGGGCAUCUCCACAACAAAAUAACUCCUAAGGAUUAUAAAUGGCAACUAAAAGUGGUGGAUUCGGUUGUGGAAUGAGGAGAAAGCAGCGGGGAUAAGAUUGGCUUCCUCCAGAGGGAGAAGGAGGGAUUAACGGAGAAGUUUGUGUGCACAGACGGCAGAACGCACCCCAAUCUCUCGCCGCUCCGGUUGAUUUUAUAACAUUUUGUUUUAUGUUUCCACUGGAAAUUGUGAUAAAGUGUUGAGGUCCCUCGAAGAGGCUCCUUGGAGACCUGAGAUCAGGGCACGGUCUGAGCGCAGCGCGUCUGCACCACCUGGAAACUAUACAACCCGCUUUGACGCACCACCAGGAGGAGAGGGUCUCCGCUUUGCUCCCCUCUCAUCCGACUUCUCCUCUCCUUCCGAACAAUCUGUCUUUUUUAUUCGGACUGGUGUGCACUUUAUAGCUCCGACACAAAGUGAUCAUGCGAUGACUGAGCGCACUUUGGGCACAUCUACCAAGUCCACUAUAGGAGCUGAGUGAUGGCUGAGGAUGGGGGAAAUCUCUCCGAGGCCCCCGACGUCGGGGGCUUGGAGGGUCGCUCCUCUUUGCCCAGGACUUUCAUCCGGCUCAACGACCUGUCCGGGCUGGGGGCGGGAGGCGGGGAGCGCGGAGAGCUGGUGAUGGAGCCGGCGUCCCCAGCGCCCGACGGGAUCUCCACGGACGGGGAUGAAGGUUCGACGCACGGCGGGGAGAGCUUGCCCUACCCCACUCUGGCCCCCGUGGUCUUCUUCUACAUGAAGCAAACCACGCGGCCGCGAAGCUGGUGUCUCAAAAUGGUCUGCAAUCCGUGGUUCGAACGAGCAUCCAUGUUGGUGAUCCUGCUGAACUGUGUGACUCUGGGCAUGUUUCAUCCCUGCGAGGAUAUCAACUGUGACUCGGAGCGGUGCAAGAUUCUGCAGGACUUUGAUGAUUUCAUCUUUGCUUUCUUUGCCAUUGAGAUGGUAAUCAAAAUGGUGGCCCUUGGGAUUUUUGGGAAGAAGUGUUACCUCGGGGAUACGUGGAACCGUUUGGACUUCUUCAUAGUACUGGCUGGGAUGUUGGAGUACUCGCUCAACCUCCAGAACGUUAGCUUUUCUGCAGUGAGGACGGUUCGCGUGCUGAGACCACUGAGAGCCAUCAACCGGGUACCGAGUAUGCGCAUCCUGGUGACCCUGCUGUUGGACACGCUGCCCAUGCUCGGUAACGUGCUGCUGCUCUGCUUCUUUGUCUUCUUCAUAUUUGGCAUAGUUGGUGUCCAGCUGUGGGCUGGCCUUCUCAGAAACCGUUGCUUCGUCAAAGACAACUUCUCCUUCCCUCUUUCUGUGGAACUUGGAAAAUAUUUCCACACUGAAAACGAUGAUGAGAACCCCUUUAUAUGUUCAAUGCCACGAGAUAACGGCAUGAGGGACUGUGGCUCGAUUCCCAAGCUGUACGAUGAGGGGGGCCAGCAGUGCAACCUGGACAUCGACUCUUACAACAGCACAGACAACACCACUUGUGUCAACUGGAACCAGUACUACACCAACUGCUCCGCUGGCCUCAUCAACCCUUUUAAGGGAGCCAUCAACUUUGACAAUAUCUGCUAUGCGUGGAUUGCCAUCUUUCAGGUGAUUACUUUGGAAGGCUGGGUGGACAUCAUGUACUUUGUGAUGGAUGCUCACUCAUUCUACAACUUCAUCUACUUCAUUCUCCUCAUCAUUAUCGGCUCGUUCUUCAUGAUCAACCUGUGCCUGGUGGUCAUUGCUACCCAGUUUUCAGAGACCAAGCAGAGGGAGAGCCAGCUGAUGAAGGAGCAGCGGGUGCGCUUUAUGUCAAAUGCCAGCACCCUGGCUUCCCUCUCCGAACCAGGCUCCUGCUACGAUGAGUUGCUCAAAUACCUCGUCCACAUCAUCCGAAAGGGGGCCAAGCAAGCUGCUCACGCCUGCAGGUUCUUGGCUCGUCGAGCGGGGCUUAACAUUGCCAACUCACCACCACCCACUGAGCCCCAACGCAGCCAGAGCCAGAGGAGGAGGAGGAAGUCCUCCAGGCAGGGGUCGGUGUCGGUUCAUCACAUGGUGCACCAUCACCACCAACACCACCACCACCACUACCACCUAGGGAAUGGCAGUGUGAGGGAUAAAGGGAGCAUCAGGUGUCUGGAUGGGAGGGACAUUGAGGCUGGGGGGCAUAGUAAUAAUGGCGGGGGUCCCAGAGCAACCACUGCCAGUGGAUAUCCUGCUUUGGCGCCACCAUUUCUCAUAACAGCAGCGACCUCUGACUCAAACCUCGCCACUUUGUCCGACGCUGCUGCAGAAGCUGCUGAUUCACCUUCAGGUUGUAGUUCACUCAACGCACGAUUCCCUCGCUGUAAUCUCCCGCCCACCAACAGGGGAAUGGCUCCGGUCACCUACUUGGCUCCAGCUCCCAUGCCCAGAGCCAUGAAAAGGAACUCUGUGCCAUUUGCUGCUCCAGCUCCUAAGAACUACCCCACCCUUCAGGCCCGAGCGCUAGCAGAGUCCAGGAGAGGAAGUAUUGCUGCCAGCACGCUGACAAACAUCAGCUUUAACCUCAACAUCCCAGCCAUGCCUUUGGAGAGACGGCCAUCGAGCCUCGUGGAGACACACAUGGCAGCAGCUCUGCUGUCCCGCCAGCUGUCAGCCCAUGACCUCAGCACCACCAGCAGUGCCAUGGAUAAAGCUUCUCUCAAUCUGGACCCUGAGGGCUGCCCUUACUGUGCCAAGGCCCUUGCCAACGAGUCUGAGGUGGGCACCGAGGGAAACGAGAUGCCUGGCGAUUCGGACAGCGACGGGGUUUACGAGAUCAGCCAGGAUCUCAGGGACAGGAGAGAUAGCAGGCAGCCCAGGAAGAAGAUCCGAAGGUUGGGCAAAACUGCCGCCAAGGCUGUGCACUUCUGGAGGCUGGUGUGUGACACCUUCAGGAAGAUCGUGGACAGCAAGUACUUUGGAAGAGGAAUUAUGAUCGCCAUUCUGAUCAACACUCUGAGCAUGGGGAUCGAGUACCACGAGCAGCCUGAAGAGUUGACUAAUGCCCUGGAGAUCAGCAACAUUGUCUUCACCAGCCUCUUCUCCCUGGAGAUGCUGCUGAAGGUUUUGGUCUAUGGGCCUUUCGGCUACAUCAAGAAUCCCUACAACAUAUUUGAUGGCAUAAUUGUGGUGAUCAGUGUGUGGGAGAUUGUGGGCCAGCAGGGUGGCGGUUUAUCCGUGCUGAGGACCUUCCGUCUGAUGCGGGUGCUGAAGCUGGUCCGUUUCAUGCCGGCCCUGCAGAGGCAGUUGGUGGUGCUGAUGAAAACGAUGGACAACGUGGCCACCUUCUGCAUGCUGCUCAUGCUCUUCAUAUUCAUCUUUAGCAUCCUGGGGAUGCAUUUGUUUGGCUGUAAGUUUGGGUCUGAGAGGGAUGGAGACACCCUGCCGGACAGAAAAAACUUUGACUCUCUUCUGUGGGCCAUAGUGACAGUUUUUCAGAUCCUGACCCAGGAGGACUGGAACAAGGUGCUGUAUAAUGGCAUGGCCUCCACCAGCCCCGUAGCUGCCCUCUACUUUAUUGCACUCAUGACCUUUGGCAACUAUGUCCUCUUCAACUUGCUGGUGGCCAUUUUGGUCGAGGGAUUCCAAGCGGAGGAAAUAUCCAAGCGGGAGGACUUGCAUGCCCAGCUGAGCCUAAUUCAGCUGCCUGUAGACUCAGGGGGUGAUGCUUCCAAAACAGGUUCAGAGGUUGGCUCAGUUACACGAAGUAUGGAGGAUGUUAACGGCAGCAGGAAGGACUUAUCUCCAUCUGCAGUAGUGCCGGUAAACGGUCAUGUAGAAAUGAAGACCAGUCUGACUCCACCACUCAUCACCCACACUGCUGCCACUCCCAUGCCAGUGCCUAAGUUGCCUGUAACAGGUGACCCCAUCCUGGGCUAUGAGUCCCGGCAAAGCAGCAACAUCUCCAUAGAUCCAAGCUGCUUUGACAAGUCACUGACCAGCACUCGCUCCUCCCCCCAUCCCCCUUGGAGUUCUGGCAGUGGCCGGACCAGCCGUAGAUCCAGCUGGAACAGCCUAGGUAGGGCACCGUCUUACAAACGUCAGAAACGGCAGUCUGGGGAGCGGCGCUCUCUCCUAUCAGGUGAGGGUGACUCCAGCUCAAACGAGGAAGAAGGUGGUGGAGAGGAAGGGGAUGGGCUGCUAGAGGGAGACGACACAUCAUUGCCCAGGACAAACUCCAUGCCCCAGUCUCGGAGAGGGUCACGACACAGGAGGAUGGAGUCUGUGGAGACUCGGAGCUCCUUGGAUUUGCCCCCAGAAGCUUUGCUGCAGGUGCCCUUCCCUUACCGCUCUGCCAGCAUGCACAGCUCCAGACCCCCUUCUUUGGGCCACUUACGACCCCCAGAACACAGUGACUGUAACGGGAAGGGCUCUCCAUCAGGUCUCACUCCAACAAACGUCUCCUUGGAGGAAAACACCGAAGACGAGAAUGUGGAAGAGGAGGCCAACUUGGGUCGUUUUGCCAGGAUUCUCCAGUGGAUGGAGAAAAAACAACCAGAAUGGUGUCGGCAAAGAGACACGUGGUCACUCUAUCUGUUCCCUCAAGAGUCCAGGUUUCGAAUCCUCUGCAACAAGAUUAUCACCCACAAAAUGUUUGACCACAUCGUGCUGGUCAUCAUCUUCCUCAACUGCAUCACCAUUGCCAUGGAGAGGCCUCGCAUCGAUCCCAGUAGUGCUGAGCGGAUCUUUCUGACACUGUCAAACUACAUCUUCACUGCAAUCUUUGUGACCGAGAUGGCUGUAAAGAUUGUGGCAUUGGGUUUCUUCUUUGGGGACAAAGCUUACCUGAGAAGCAGCUGGAAUAUCCUGGAUGGGAUGUUGGUGAUGAUUUCUGUUGUUGACAUCCUGGUGUCUCUCAUCUCUAACUCGGGAACCAAGAUCCUGGGCAUGCUCCGGGUGCUCAGGCUGCUGAGGACCCUGAGGCCGCUACGUGUGAUCAGCAGAGCCCCUGGACUGAAGCUGGUGGUUGAGACACUCAUGUCCUCCUUGAAGCCCAUCGGCAACAUUGUGGUCAUCUGCUGCGCCUUCUUCAUUAUCUUUGGCAUCCUGGGAGUACAGCUUUUCAAGGGGAAGUUCUUUGUUUGUCAAGGGGAAGAUAUGAGGAACGUCACCAACAAGUCAGACUGCUUACAGGCCAACUACAAAUGGGUGCGACACAAGUAUAACUUUGACAACCUGGGACAGGCUUUGAUGUCUCUAUUUGUUUUAGCCUCAAAAGAUGGAUGGGUGGAUAUUAUGUAUGAUGGACUUGAUGCAGUAGGAGUUGACCAACAACCCAAACUGAACAACAACCCAUGGAUGCUGCUCUACUUCAUCUCCUUCCUGCUGAUUGUUGCCUUCUUCGUGCUCAAUAUGUUUGUGGGCGUUGUGGUGGAGAACUUCCACAAGUGCCGACGCCACCAGGAGGCCGAGGAGGCCAAGCGCAGGGAGGAGAAGAGACUGAAACGAAUGGAGAAAAAGAGACGGAAUUUAAUGGUUCCGGGGGUGAGUUGGGCUCUCUCUGACGGCACACUGAAAGAAGCUCAGAGUAAGCCAUACUACUCGGAUUACUGCCCCACUCGGCUCCUCAUCCACAAGAUGUGCACCAGCCACUACCUGGACCUGUUCAUCACCAUCGUAAUAGGCCUCAACGUCAUCACUAUGUCUAUGGAGCACUACGAGCAGCCACAGGAGCUUGACAACGCAUUGAAGAUCUGUAACUACAUCUUCACUCUUAUUUUUGUUCUGGAGUCCGUCUUCAAGCUGGUGGCCUUCGGCUUCCGUCGUUUCUUCAAGGACAAGUGGAACCAGCUGGAUCUGGCCAUUGUGCUGCUGUCCAUCAUGGGCAUUACUUUGGAGGAGAUUGAGGUCAAUGCUUCACUGCCCAUCAACCCAACCAUUAUUCGCAUUAUGAGAGUGCUGAGGAUCGCAAGAGUGCUGAAGCUCCUGAAGAUGGCAGUUGGAAUGAGGGCUUUGCUGGACACCGUUAUGCAAGCCCUGCCUCAGGUAGGAAACCUGGGCCUGCUCUUCAUGCUCCUCUUCUUCAUCUUUGCAGCACUGGGAGUGGAGCUGUUUGGCGAUCUGAUAUGCGAUGAGCUACAUCCAUGUGAAGGUCUGGGCCGCUACGCCACAUUCAGAAACUUUGGGAUGGCGUUUCUGUUGCUCUUCAGGGUUUCCACUGGUGACAACUGGAAUGGCAUUAUGAAGGAUACUCUGAGGGACUGCGCCCAAGACACCGGGACCUGCUACAACACUGUUGUUUCUCCCAUCUACUUUGUCUCCUUUGUUCUGACUGCCCAGUUCGUGCUGGUCAACGUUGUCAUUGCAGUGCUGAUGAAGCACUUAGAGGAGAGCAACAAGGAAGCCAAGGAGGAAGCGGAGCUGGAGGCAGAGUUGGAAAUGGAACUCCAGAUGGAGGGGGCAGAGCCCGUAACAAGGUCACCACAACUCCACCCUCUGGCGCUGGGCACGGACAGGACAAGUUCAGGGGGUUCCUCCUGGAGGUCUCCUGAAGGCGGGGAUGUGGAGCAGGAGAGGGAAGGUCCUAUGGACUCACCCACUGCUGAUAUAACCAGAGACUCUGUAGACAUCAGAGCAGAACCCCCUUCAUACCCUGAGCCCCAGCUGGAGUUUGUCCAGAGGAGGGCGCUGUUUGACCCGGUCUCUCUGGUCAUCCAGGGUUCAAUGGAGGGAGAGUUGAAUUUGAUGGACAACUUGUCCUGCUCUGUCUGCGACUACUACGCGCUGCCCCCCAAGCCCAACGGGCACAGCACCGACAAGCAGCCAGAGCAGCUCGGUUCUGGGAAGCCUCUGAAGAACAACCUGCUGAGCGUCAAAAAGCCAGCGGUGGGACGCACCCAUUCUCUACCCAACGACAGCUACAUGUUCUUCCCCAUGGCGCCCUUUGGCCCCUCAUCUUCAGCUUCAGCACGACUUGUAGCACCGUCACAGGAACCCCAAUGUUUACUGGGUAUCCACAGGGCCCAAUCAGGUUCCAGAGGCUCCGUGCAGUCGCAGCCUGAGGAGUGUUCCCAGCAGCUGACUGUCCCUAUAGACUUCUUCAGGCCCAUCAGCCCCCACAGCCACUCAGACUCUGAGAGCGUUCCCCGACAACCCCCUCCCAGACGCACACACACACUCAGUCGCACACUCCGCCGGCAGCUCAGCUGGGCCCAAAAGCCGCCCGACCCUGAGCUACUGCUCAAACACAGAUACUCCUGUUUCUGAAAGCACAUUUUAGCUUCCGCCAGAUCGUUCAGAAACACCGGACCUUCAUGUUCAUCCUCAGCAAGAUUUUCAGACCAACGCACUCUUACAGACUCUCAUUCUCCAUCAUCGUCCCUCAUUCACCCAAAUUUGUUUUAUCUGCCAACCAUCAACCACAAAGCGUCUGUGACUUCCGUGUAACCCGACUGUGGCUAAACCACAGUCCUAGUCGAUGACAUCAUGGAGUGUGCUGUAGCUGGAAACAGGUGUAAUGUGGCUACAUUUGCACUUACGUUUAACACACAACUACUCAGGGGAUUCCAGCUAAACAGAAACAACCGUCUUCGUGUAUCUGGCCUUUUUGUACUUACGGUAAUAGAGCACCUUGUGAAUUUUUAACCCCCAUAUUAGAUAUUGAACAGUCUUUAGCCCCUUUUGUUCAAAGUAAAAAAAUACCUCGUGGUAAUUUCGCGGGAUUCACUUCUCUGAGCUGUUAAAUGGUGCUGGGACUGCUGGCAGAGCCAGACUGUGAACUCCUUCUCUCACCACUAGAGGUCUCUGUUGCCACGCUGUUCACACUGGAAAGAAUCCAAACCCUAUAAGCCCAUGCAUUUCCUGCUUCCAUCGCUUUAAAACUGAUUAGUUCACCGGGACAUCCCACCUGCUUCUUCCCUUCAGUAGUUUACAUGUCAUGUUUACCCUCCGUCUAUUGGCCUCUCACCCUGAGCAUGGUUCUGCACAGAGGUCAGGAUACAGCCCACACUAAUCGUGCUUUCACUGGAAACCCCAUUCUAAAUGAGGCUGAUGGUGGUUUACAGGGUUUUGUGUCAACGGGCAAAGGUUGGAGGGUCAUGUGGUCUGGCUCAAAGUUCAACAUGUCUGCCAGCAGGAAACAUCCUGGGUCUUUGUGCUCCUACAAACAAAUUCAGUGACUUAACGACAUGUCCCGGGUUCAUAAUUUAUUAUUGUUAUUGCCCCAAAAGCAAAAGACAAACCAAUUAUGAAGCUGGAUGCAGUUCUUCUCCAGAAGAUCACAAAAUAACGCAAAUGACCAAAUAGUUUUAUAUUUAAAAUGAUCUUCUCACGUUUUACUUCACAAGCACGCUCUUAUUCUGUCAUGCUUUUAAAAUGGCGUUCACUUAGUCUCCUUUUGAAGUCUAAACUCAAGCAGCACUAGUCAGCAUGAAAAAGUCAAAAGGCUCUGCUGGUGGGGAACAUGCAGCACGCACCUCUAAAGCCUCGUUCACACCGAAGGCAGAACGUAGGCGGACCAUAGACCUUUAUUAUUCAUGUCAGUGGUCUCAACUCUGUACGGCUUCUGCGUUGAGUGCCAUCACCGUGUCAGCGUUAUCUUGGUAAAUAGUCGUGACAGAACAAAACUAUCCAGGAGUUUUUACAUUUUGUGACCUCCCAGGCUGGCAAGCAUGUCUGGAAACGGGCUGUUUGUUUACUCUACGAAAGGAAAAGAACAACAGUUUGCUUCAUAAUUCACAAAUGUUUGACAGGAACGAUCUCCGGUGGAAACACAGUUUAGGCUGAAGUACGAGGCUCAACAGACCCAGCAAGCAGGAAGCAUCCAGUUAUGUCAGAAGUUGUUUACUCUGAAAGCUGCUGAGAAAUGUUCACCUGGAACUCCCGCAGUGGGAAAACCAGUCCGCCUGGGUUACGAACGUUGCAGCUGAAGCUCCCUGUAAUGAAGGACCCUCUGACCAGACUGUGAACUUUGACCCAAACUAUUUUUCUCAUCCCCAUCUCCUCACACUAACUGCUCUCCCCCUCUCAACCUCUCUGGUUUUUCUCUUCCCAUUGUGCAUUUACCUCCAUCUCCUCCUAAAUAUGUCACUCCCCUUCCCCCCCAUGCCCCGUUUUCCAGGUUGCUGUGUCCACUGAUUCUCAGGAGGCUCUCUGUUCAGACCGAGGAGAAAGCAGUGAAGGACUAUUGAAUGUGGCAGCUUUGGGCCUACCUCUCUCCAUCCCCCAUCAUCAGCAGCAGCAGCAGCGGCCAGCACUCUGCCUGGUCCCUGCAACACCAGGCGCCUCCCCCACAUGCUCCCGCCCCAGCAGCGUGCACA